AUCGUCGCAGAGUCGGCUGUCGGCUCAUGUCGUUCGUCUCGACGGUGCACGGCCGUUAAUUCGUGACAAGAAAUUCGGCCUGACGCAUUGUGAGCUAUCAGCGAUCAGGUUUUUCCUUUGCGCGUUUACGAUUCUGCACAAGAAGAAAAAGAACGUUUGAAAAACGUAAUCUCCUUCGGCCGGAGAGCAAAACAUGUCGGAUACACGUCGACGUCGAAAAUCCGAUCAAUCGUGCGGAUCCGACGAUCUCUCGGACUCGUACGAGGAGCUCAAUGCGACAAAGGAAACCCAAAGCAGCGAACAGACUGAUGGACAUCAAGAUUCAGAAUGUGACAUUUACGAAAGUGACUCAGAUACCGAAUCACAGGAAGGUGGAGAAUUGCGAGAAAGUGGGGACGGUCAAGAAGAAGAAAAACCACAGAAAAAGUUGGAUGAUGAUGAGGAUAGACGCAAUCCACAAUAUAUUCCUAAACGAGGAACAUUUUAUGAGCAUGAUGAUCGUACGACUGACGAAGUAACUGAUAAUAACACAGAAGCACAAACAACUGUGAAGGAGACUAAGGAGAAAAAAGUAUGGAAGGAUAAAGAGGACAGGUGGGACCACGAUCGAUACAACGACGAAGAGCAGGCUCCAAAAAGACCCGAAGAAUUGAUAGCAACAUACGGUUAUGAUAUCAGAAAUGAAGAAGGGCCACCUAGAGCUAGGAGGAGAAGAAGAUAUGGCCGUGGACCCAACAAAUACACAAGGAAUUGGGAGGACGAAGACGCUUAUGGAAAGACCACUCCUGGUAGAGGAAAUAACAGACGCUUCUUUAAAAAUAACGAAGAUUUUCCUGCUCUUGGUAAUAGUAAGACCGCUUCCAAUAAAGUAGAAGAGCCUGUAAUUUCGUCAGCUUGGUAUAGCAGCAAGAAUAAAACACAGAGCAAAACGCAAAGCUUUCCGCCGCUUCAGUCCCAACAGGAUAAUACAAAAGCUAAGCCUACUACUGUCCCCAAUACAGCCACAAAUGAAAACAAAAUACCGGAUGAUCCUACUAAUACAUCUUGGAAAAAGGAUGGCAAACAUGCGGGUCAAAAUCAAAAUACUAAUGGAAAUGGUGGUGGUGAUGCAGAAAAGUCAGCUAAUACCAAAUUAUCACCAAGGGAUAAUAGCAAGAGGAACGUCCAAGAGUCUGUAAGCUUGGCCACGAGUAGGACGCGCGGAAGAGGUUUCAAGUCCAAUGCUAAUAACAACAUGGUCACCAACAGAAUAGUUGAGAAUAAAUCGAAGGGACGCGGUCCUGGGCCGGUUACAGUCGAGAAUAGGAGAAACAAUACUGCGCAACACAGUGACGAGCAUCAGCUUUCUCAUGACAUGAAACAAGUCAACAUUAACGAUGGUAAUCAAUACCAUCAAGCUGCAAGACAUAACAAAGGCUUUUUUGCAUCUUCCAAUCAACAUAGAUCAAGUACAGUACCGCCUAGAAUGCAGCAGCAACAAUCACAUCAACAACAAACGCAUUCGCAACAACAAACGAUACAACAACAGCAGCAGCAACCACAGCAACAACCUCAACAGCAGCAGCAGCAGCAGCAGCAGCAGCAACAACAGCAAGAUGGUUCUGGAAACAGACCUAAACGAUACUCCAGUCUUCGUCAGCGACCUACCAUUUCUGAAACUUCCGCGCAACAAAAUUAUCCUUCUCAACAUGCCCAGCAUGGAUAUUUUCCACCUCAAGCUGGAAAUUCAAGAGCCGUUCUAGAAUCACAAGGCUAUCCGCAAGGUCACUUUGAACAGUCUCCCCCAGUCGCUCCAGCAGCAGCGCCCAUGGCAGGGCAACCUGUUAUUUCUUUACAACCUGGCGGACAACCUGGUAGUUACGCACCACCACCCUUUCUGGUGCCACCACCGCAAUUCAUACCACCUCCUCAAACGGCGCCUCCUAGUAUAAUUAAUUACGUUCCUGGUCCGAACGGUCCAACAUUUCCACCGAACUUUCAAGGUUAUCAGGGAUACAAUCCUUCGGUUCAGCCUCCAGGUCCACCGCCGCCCCAAGAGCUGUUCCAACCGCAAGGAUGUACUUACUACAGUCCCGCGCAGCAGCAGCAGCAGCAGCAACAGGCGGCCCCUAUACGACGGCCAAAAGCUGCGAUACCUAUUCUUCCGCCACCUGAUAAUCAGCAGACUAGCCGAGGAAGAGGUAGAAGCACUCAGCAGUAUCAACAAAAUAAUCAAUCUGCCGGUGGUGGUAUGCAACUGACUGAAAAGGAAAUCAAGAUUGGUAAUAUUGUGGAUAGUGACGAGAAAUCUGUGCCAGGACAGUUCGACAGUGUGCAGAUCGAGCAGUUGAGCACACCGGAUGAGGAGUCCCCAAAAAGUCAAGCUCCGGAUAUGAUCAGACUAGUGAACGACGCUGACGAGAUGAUAGAAACGAGCAUCGACAUUGAUGCUCAUAAAAAGAUUGACGCACCGGCCAUUCAGGAAAUACAGGUGGACGAUAACGUGAGUGUUAAAGAACUGUUAGAAGUAACGUCUAACGAAAAAAAUACAGUCUCGCAUAGUCCAACGGUGCUGGCAGCUGAGACUGAAUGCGAAUUAGGUAAUAUUGAACCCGCGAUUCCCGAAAGUACUAUUGUCGAAGAAACAGCAGCCUAAAAAGCGUGAGUAUUAUUAUUUUCGCUUUACGUCGAUCGUUUUUACCUUGGAAUUAUCGCAAUUUGAACAGAAUAUCGUGUUAUAUUAAUAUGUGUGAUGGAGAAAAGUUGCUGUUGCGGAAGCGUUUAAAUAUUAAUAAUGUAAAAAUGUGGAAUAAUGAUUGAUAUCUUUAAUUAUUCAAUCAUUAUUAAUUUUGAUUAUUUAUUUUUAAUGAAAAAUAAUUAUUAACAUUUAAAUGCUUCGGGCACGCUUCGGGCACUGUAUUUUUUCGCAUACGCAUCUUGAAUGACCUGCAACGCAAUACUCUGUUCAAUCGUAAUAAGUUUGAAGAGAAACUUUUUGUUCAAAACAGUGCAUGAAUGCGCUACAUUGUAUAAUGGAUCAGCAGAUUCUAAAAUGGUGUUCUUGAUCGCAACAACACGCAGUAAACUAUUUGAACUAGAUAUAUUGUCUAGUACUAUCUGACACAUAUGUAUGUUACGAUAUAUAGUUUUAAAGCCAUUGAUCUAAUACUCCAGUCAUAUCCUAUUAUGGCGUUAAAAACGAAAGAUUUACAUUGCGUCAUAUAUCCAGAUAAAUUAGUCGAUUUGUAUUUAUAUUAUGAAUUAUUUCAUAUGUAAAAAUGCAAAAAAACAUGCAAAGCGAAUAUUUUCUAUUUUAUUUAGAAAGAAAAGCUUUACUUGGAUAUAAUUGAAGGAAAAGGUUUGCACGAUCUCGGCUUUCACGUCAUAAUCCGACAUGGCUUCAGUCACGGAUUACGCUGCUUUAAAAGGCUAUUCACAAUUGUUAGGAGUAAAAAAAAAGUUUUUCAAAGAAUCGAGAUACGCCAAUGAUAAUAUUAAUUACGAGUUUCACGCAUGUGAAAAGAGAGCGUAUUUAACUUAUGGUAACUCUAAUUCAUAUUUGUAAUAAUAUCUAAAUAGCAGCCUUAUAACGCUGACAUUAUUAUUGCCUGGUAUAAAAUAACUGAUGAUUUUUUCAUAUGCGAAGUCUACUUAUAACUGGUCACUAUUUAGCGAGGAACAGUAUCGUGUACUAAUGUAAUAUACUCGGCAGGCUGCGUGGGCCAUGACUGUGACACGAUAUGUAACUGAUAUAAUUCUAUAUACAUAUACUUUUUCAAUGUUAUGACUACUUACAGUGCAGAAAUGUUUGUAAUUAUAAUAUUAAUGAAAUACAUUUCAUUGAGUAACGCAAA